AUGGGCGAAUUCUCACGCAAGGCAGAUAUAUCAUACCAACUUCUACGAUUAAUCAAUGCAGAUCUGAGGGAACUGGAAAGUAUUAGUGGCCCUAAAUCUUAUAAAGUUGAAAAAAGAGUCUACCAGAAACUUCAGGAGCUUAAUGUAAAAGUCCAGGAAUUAUAUGAUCUUUUAAAAAUCCAAGCUAAUUCACCAGGUGAACAAAAACGAAGAGAAGCCAUCGUAAGAGAAAUUGAAGAAUACCAUAGCUCAAACUCAAGGAAACUUAAAAACAUCCGUCAAAAAACCUCAGUUGAAAUGAUGCCUACAACAAAAAAUCCUAAAGAGUCAAAUUUAUCUCAAAAUGAUCUGCAGCAGCAACAGCAGCAAAUGAUGAGAGAGCAAGAUGAUAGAAUUGAUAUGAUUAUUGAAAACGUAGGCAAUAUCAAAAAAGCUAGCAGAGAUAUAGGUGAUGAAUUAGAUUUACAUGGAGUUUUAUUAUACCAUAAUAAACCUUAUUUUGCUUUUAAUCAAUAAUUUUUAUUAUCAAUUAAUUUAUCCUUGUACACUAUAAAUGAUGUCGAAAGAAAUAUUGACAAAAAUACACUAAAAAUGGGGAGGGUUCAAAAACGCAUGGUGACAUUAAUUGAGCAGUCUUCAGAUUGCUGCCUGAUCAUGACAAUUGUCGCUUUACUAUUUUUGUUCUUAUUUAUUAUUCUUUAUCUAUAA